CACUUGGUUUUCCUUGAAGGUCACGUAGCUCCACUGUUUCUGUUUUCUUUAUUCGGCGUUUGCGUUUUGAGAAGGUUAGUCCAAGCUAUACAAGCACUGAAAAAUGUCGACUUACAAAAUCGUGGAUGACGCCUACGGUAAAUCUGGUGUGAAAUUGCUCCACAUUAAACGUGAUGGCCCUGUCCAUUCUAUUCGGGAAUUGGAGGUAAAUACCCAACUAACGCUGUCCUCUAAGAAAGACUACACGACAGGUGAUAAUUCUGAUAUCGUCGCCACCGAUUCGCAAAAGAACACAGUCUACCUGCUGGCUAAGAAACAUGGUGUCAACAGUCCCGAAGAGUUCGCCAUCACCCUCUGUCGCCAUUUUCUCAACACGUAUAAUCACGUACUGAAAGUGCAGGUCCAUAUUGAGCUUUACCCUUGGCAGAGGGCAGAAAUCGAUGGAAAGAAACACAACCACGCUUUCGUGUUUACACCUGUUGCCGUUCGUGUCUGCACUGUUCGUAUGGAAAGAAACGGAGUACCGGUUGUCGAAUCGGGAUUAAAGGAUCUACGUGUACUGAAAACUACUCAAUCGGCUUUUGUCAAUUUCGUCACUGAUGAUUACCGCAGUCUGCCUGAUGCUAGUGAUCGUGUGUUCAGCACGGUGAUUACUUCGCGUUGGGUGUAUUCAACGACCAAUGUCGAUUAUUGCAAAGCUUGGAACGGAGUUAAGGAUGCGAUCCUUUCAGUGUUUUCUGGACCAGCGGAUAAAGGUAUUUUCUCACCAUCAGUACAAAACACUUUACAUCUAACGGAGAAAUUAGUUCUCGAUUCCAUCCCGGAGAUUAAUUACAUCGAAAUGAUACUGCCAAACAAGCACUACGUUAAUGUAGACUUGUCGAAAUUCAAAAACGUUGGAUUUGCACACAAUGAUACGGUUCUCCAACCACUCGACAAGCCGUCAGGAAAUAUUCGAGCAGCUUUGGCUCGCACUUUGCCCUCCAAAUUGUAAACGUAAGAAACCUGCUAUGACGUAGGGCGCAACAGCUCAAUUGAAUUUAAGAAAGUGGUACCAUUUUGAAAGGUGUCUUGUUAGUCUUAGAUGUACCGUUUUGAUGGACAAUACACUCUCCGUUCAUCGCAGAA